ACGUCGCCGAACGGUGUGUGUGCAUCCAACAACGAACAGAGAUGUCGGUAAAACUGGAACCCAGGCCCACGGUAUGCUCCAGUCAAGGAUCCGUUUCAUACCACCUUCUAAUCGCGCUUCAAAGAACGAUGAUAGUCGAUACAAAAUGAAAGAAGAUCGAUGAACGAUGACGUUCAUUCCUGUAACCGGAGAGCGUAAACACUCUCCUAGGCUCACAGGGGAGGAUCGGAAUGUCUGCUCUUGAAAUCUGAUCCACAGGCAGAGGAACUAGUUACAAUUUCUCUUUCAAAGAGUGACACAUCAAGCAUAAGAAGGGAAUCAUGCAGGAGUUUCUGGCAUAGCGUGUGGGACUGGUUACAACUUCAUGGAAGUCAUGACCAGGUGGAGAACGCCAGGACGUUUUUCAGUUAAUAGAUUCAGCAAACCGCCCAUUAUUUACCGUCGUAAACAAUGUCAAGUGUUUAUAUUGCGAACGUCUUGCUCCUUGAUGUGUGUGUACGUCCUGGGAGGUGUUAUAUUCCUGCUGGGAGUUGGCCUGUGUGUGUUCAACCUGCGGAAAGCGUCAACGGGCAACGCCGGAGCCACUGCAAUGCUAGUCAUCUGGACUCACCCAUUCGGACACAUCCGCAAACUACCAGACUGCGAGGCGCGCUACGGCGUUAGCGGCUGCACGCUCACAGACGACAGGCACGCGUAUCCAAGCGCAGAUGCUGUCAUCUUUCACCACCGGGAGAUUUCGACCAACGUGAGCAUUCUCCCAUUAGACCCACGCCCACGUGACCAGAAAUGGAUCUGGAUGAACUUCGAGUCUCCUUCUCACACUCGCAACCUGAAGCGGUUUGAAGGCAUGUUCAACCUCACCAUGAGCUACAGAGCAGACUCAGACAUCUUCCUUCCCUACGGGUACCUGGUUUCUCGCCACAGCAGUCAUGGACACCCCCUCCAUGUCCCCUCCUCCCCCCACCCCAGGCCCUGCCUCCUCGCCUGGGUCAUCAGUAACUGGGCGGAGUCUCAGGCUCGUGUGGCGUUCUACCGCCAGCUGAGCCGGUACGUCCGCGUGGACGUGUUUGGGAGCGCCGGCCUCGCCCUGCCUGGGCACAGCCUGGUGCGGACGGUGGCCCGCUACCAGUUCUACCUGGCGCUGGAGAACUCCCAGCACACCGACUACAUCACAGAGAAGGUCUGGAACGCUCUGCGGGCCGGAGCCAUCCCCAUCGUGCUCGGCCCGACGCGGGAGAACUAUGAGCGAUUCCUGCCGGCCGAAUCCUUCAUCCAUGUAGACGACUUUGCCAGCGUGCACGGCCUCGCCCGGUACAGCAUGCAUCAGCCUGCGUUCUGGGCGGAGCAUUUCUGCACGGUGUGCCACGCAGUGAUGAAGGCCAGGGGCAGGACCAGCACUGUCGAGGGCCUGGCCAGGUGGUUCCAGUCCUGACCACCAACAUCCUAGACAAUGUGAAUAAGUGCUACUGUAUUUGCUCCUAUACACAGUACUAAAAUGUGUUUUAAAGGGAAGCUUUGUGAAGGUUCUGUAUGGGAAGAAGGAUUGAUCUUGAGUGUGUGGGUGUGUGCUUUUUUUCUUCAAGCACGUGCUAAAGUAGUAGUGAACAGUAAUCUCAUUCUGCCCAGAAACAGAUUAUUUUUACAUAAACUUCCUCUGGGAGUCGGUCUUCUGUUCGAUCAGAGAGGUGAAGCUAAUCCCUCUGAAAUGUGUUUUCACCCUGGGUGGUGGUGACCUGGAGUACGAGUCGUUUUCACUUCCAGCAGAGCUACGGAAGAGUGAAGUCACCUGAUGCACCUUCUCGCUUUCUUUGUCUUUUUUCUGUCUCUCCCUCCCUCUCUCUCUCACACAAACACAAAAGGCUAAAUAUAUUUUGUGGGGGACUUUUCAUGUUCUAGGCAUCAAACCUUUGUGGAAAUACUGCCUAUAAAACAACAAGCCCCUAGACAGGCAGAGUUCCUCUCUCUUUCUGUUCCCCACUUUUUCUCCCUCCCCUCUCUCUUCGUUCACAUGGCAGCAGUAGUGGUAGUUAUGGGUUGUCUUCCCCUCUCGUCUCACUCUGCCCCAUGCCGCCCUCUCCGUCUCACUGAUGGCUCCUGUGAUUGCAUCCAUCCAUCUUCCUGUCAAAGGAGAAAAAAGAGAAAAUCCCUCUCUCCGUGUCCCUGGCUCCCGUGUGUCCACCAAGCUAGACACCCCGCUGAGUAGAGUCAACACAGGCCUCACAGGCUCACUGGGGCUUGGUAGAAGCAUGUGUUUGUGUAUGUGUGUGUAUGUGUCUGUGUGCGUAUGUGUGUGUACAUGUGUGUUUGUGUGUCAUUGGUGCACUAUGUUGACCACUCACGCUGCUCAUUCUUAUUCUUAUUUUUGUAUAUAUUUUAUUUUAUAUUUAAAUUGUUGUAUUCUUAGAUUGUUUAGUUCUUAUAAAUAGUUAAACUUUUGUAAUUUUACUUAAUUUAAGAUUCGUAUAUGUUUAGUGUUUUGCACCUCCCUGCCACAGUAAAUUCUGUGUUUGUAUAACAUACAUGGCGAAUAAACCGAAUUCUGAU